AUGAAUAUGGAUUCCACAGAUCAGCGACAUCUUAGCGAAACCGAUCGGACCCUUAGCGUCGAAAAACUUGAUACACUUCAACGGGCCCUAUCUGUUCAUCCGAUUGGUCUCAAGUCUAUGAUGUCUGAAACAAAGCUUUCUUCCAUGACCAUGAGAAGAACAUGGUCAGUUCAAGAUACGCCCAACGAUAGUGGAACAGAAAGUGAAAAGGAAAAUGAAGAGAACAAAAAGGAAGAAUCGAAUGAUGAGCAAACCUCGAUGCCUGAUAGCGAGGAUGAGGAAAAACCCCAAUCGAUCUUCAGUCGCAAAGAAAAGUAUGUGAUUGUAAUUUUGGGUGGACUUUCAGGUUUUUGGUCAUCUAUCUCUUCACCAAUUUAUGUGCCUGCGCUUUCGGAAAUAGAGUCUUCUUUCCACAUUAAUGAGGCACAGGCUAAUAUCACUAUUGUGGUGUAUUCCAUUUUCCAAGGUCUCGGGCCAAACGUUUUUGCCAACUUGGCUGACUCCUUCGGACGGCGGCCCAUCGUCUUAGCAUGCCUCUGUAUGUACGUUUUGGCUAGUGUCGGACUUGCGUUGAACUCAAAUUUCGGUGGCUUGGUCGUUCUUCGUUGCGUGCAAGCUUUUGGUAUUUCGUCGACAAUUUCGCUUGGAAGUGGCAUUGCAAGUGACAUCACUGUGAGAGCCGAAAGGGCUUCUUUUAUUGGCUUGACUACAGGGUUGGCCCUUUUGGGCCAGGCAUUUGGCGCAUUUAUUGGCGGAAUGAUAUCGUCAGCAUGGGGUUGGAGAGCCAUUUUCUGGUUUUUGGCAUGUGCUUCAGGAGCAACUUUUGUGGUUAUCUUCUUCUUGCUCCCAGAAACUGGACCUGCGAUUGUUGGUCUUCGUGGAAGUAUCUUGCCUCAGAAAUGGAAGUGGAUUUCAGUAGCUCCUAUUAUGCGUACAAGCCUCUUCCGUCUGAGACUACUGGAGGACUCAGAAUCGCAAAAAGCGAUGAUACCUCCAAUACGUAACAAGGGCCCAUUUGCAAUGUUCCGUACAUUGCACAUAUUGACUUACCGCAAGGUGUAUUUAACUUUGCUUCCGGCAUCUCUCUGUUAUGCUCUUUGGCUUAUGAUGCUUACGACUCUUUCGCACGAGCUCACGAAGCAUUAUGGCUAUUCGUUGAAUAAGGUGGCCAUUGCUUACAUUCCGAGCGGUCUCGGAGGUUUGGCUGGGUCCAUUAUUAUUGGACGCAUGUUGGAUUACUCGUACCAAGUUUACUUGCGGCGAAGCCAUAAUUCUGGGGCCCGUUUCUCUGUCAUUCGCUCGCGUUUGAUAGUCUCGGCUCUUCCAUCUGCACUUUGUGUCAUGGCAUCACUUCUUUUUGCCUGGACAUUAGAAUGUCAUGGACCAGUGUACUUGGCUGUUAUUGCUUCGUGCAUUAUUGCAUUUGGUGCAAUGAAUUGGCUUACGAUCUCCAGUACUGUUGUUGUUGACUUCAAUCCAACAGAAGCAUCUGGAUCUUGUGCAUGUGUCAACUUGACUCGUUGUUGGUGUGCCGCGUUGUUUGUGGGCGUUUUAUCUAAGAUGGAGCAAAUGGGUGUCGGAUGGUGUUACACGAUGAUGGCUAUUUUCUGUGGAGUGGCAGCUUUCGGGCCCAUGUACUUGUACAUAGAAGAUGGUAAGAACCUGCUAUAG